UGGUUAUUUCCAGUGUGACGAGAGGAACUCCAGUUACAACAUGACGAAAACCACACUGAUCCUGUUCGCCGCGUGCCUACUGGGGGUCGUGAGCGCCUUCCCCCAGGGUGGCGGCGGAGGCUACAAGCAACCCGAGGGCUAUUUCCAAUACGUCAACGUCCCCGGCCACAAGGAGUACGAGUUCGGAUGGAACCGCGGCAACCCGCACCAUUACAUUUCCCGGUUCGAGCAGGCCAAGGAUCACCGCUUUCGCACAAGGGUAAAGUGGUCUGACACCCACGAAGGAUACGGCGAGCACUACUGGGAGUACAACCACGCCCCAAAGUACCCUGAUGAGCACAAGGACUCCUACAAGCCCCCGGAGCCUGUGUACCACGCCCCCGAGCCUGUGUACCACGCCCCCGCACCCUCCUACGGCCCUCCUAAGGGGUAUCCUUCUGAGAACAUCGAAGUGAUUGUUGAAGAUCCUCAGCAGUACCAGAGGGUCGAUCCUCAGCAGUACCAGUAGAGUUUCAGAGAGGGAGUUCCUGAAUACCUGAGGUUGUCUGAGACACGACCCCACUCCCCUCGCUUUCCCCUCUAUCGCCCUAUCCGUCCAAGAGAUCACGUGACCAAUAUUUCCUGAAUGUCGAAAUGAAAUCCCACUGUGAAGGUCCACCCCUCCCCCUCCCCUACUCCUACUUCUCUUGCCCCUUCUUAUUUGCCUCUCCACAAGCACCCAAAGUUCAAUCACUUUUCGUUCAGGUUAAAACGGACCAAUCACUGCUCAAUUUCAAAUACAUAUACAUACAUACAUACAUACAUAUAUAUAUAUAUAUAUAUAUAUAUAUAUAUAUAUAUAUAUAUAUAUAUAUAUAUAUAUAUAAAGUAGUUUAAAAAUACGAAGAUCUCACGUGUUGACGGAUGAGGGUGUUUGUUAUACAUGAUCUAGUCCAGUGUGGGUGAUGUUAAGGUCGCUCUUGCCACCCACCCACAGCCCGUACUGCAUGCUGUGUCGUUUCCCUUGUUUGUUGAUGGCACUGUGUCCCGCGACUUGCCUCGUUUGGAUCGAAUCGUGGGAGUUUUGUUGUAUUCAUUUUAGUAGUUAUAGAUCCUUUCUGUUUGUUAUAUACACUUUUUUCUAGUAAAAGCAUUGUAAAA